AUGAAGAAGAAUAAAGAACAAGUCCAGCCCGAACCCCACAUGGUCUGCGAUGAAGGAGGCUCCCACAACUUCCAGACGAGGAAAGAACCCUCAGGCUGCGAUAAAUGCAUGUGUGUCUGCUGUUUUCCGUGUUAUGCCCUGUGCUCCUGCCUCCUGUCAGAUGGCGCAGCCCUAGCCAACCCAUUCUUCGAGCAAGUGUGCUGUUCGAAAACGACCCAAGAUGCCGCCGACGAAGGAAAAGCAACAUGUACGAAGUGUGGCCUGAACGAGCGAGAGGCCAUCGAUCUGUCCGACGCCCGGGAGGCCGAGACUUCGCGCGGAGUCCGCAACACCGGAUACUUCUCAAACGCCAUGCUCAUGCCUGCCGCCGGGAUCUCGAACCAGCCCGGCCAACUAACCAGCUCGCCAACCUCGCCCAACAUCAACCUCGUCCCCGCCUCCCCCACUUCCAACGCCCAGUAG